GAUAUUUAUAAUUUAAACUUCUGGAUUAAUUUAUGAUAAUUUCCAAAAAAAUUAACAUAUGAUGUGUAGAGCUUAUUUUGUAAUUUUUAUAUUUAUUAUAAAUCCCACGUUUGAAGAAGAUAUUUUAAAUAAUAACAUACAUGACAGAAAUAUACUUAUUGAAAAACAUGAUGUAAAAGUAAGCGAUAUCACACCGGGAGAAUUACAUUGGCCCACAGAAUUUUACUCAAACUCAAAUGCUCUUUUACCUGAAGGUCCAUUAGAAUUGAAUGAUGCUAUAUUUAAAGAUAUUAUUAAAUCAUAUGACCUUGUUUUUAUUAAUUAUCAUGCUGAAUGGUGUCCAUAUAGUAAAAUGUUAAAUCCUAUAUUUGAAGAAGCUUGGGUUGAAGUCAAGAAAAAAAAUCCUGAUGCCAAAGUUAUAUUUGCAAAAAUAGAUUGUGACAAAAAUAUGGCUACAUGUUCUGUUUCAAAUGUUUCCAAGUACCCUUCUCUAAAAAUAUAUCGUUUAGGAUCACCUAGAAGUGAAUAUAGAGGUCAAAGAUCCGUAAAUGCUAUUGCUCAAUACAUAAAUGAACAAAUAGAUUAUAGAGUUCAAAAUUUAAGCACAAUAUCUCAAUUAAAUUCAAUUCCUUUAGAUAAAUCAUCUGUCAUUACAUUCUUUAAUUUUCCUCCACCAUCUAUUUUUUAUAAAACACUUCAAAUGACUGGAUUUUUAAUGAAAGAAGAUUGCAAUAUAUAUGUUGCAGUUGGACCAGAAUUUCAAGAUAUUAUUCGUGGUUUGCCCAGUAAAUCAGUCUUCAAACCAGCUCAUGUAAAUGAAACUGAAACAUAUUCUGGUGCUAUUGAAGAUUUAGACAAAUUAAGUCAUUGGAUAUUUACUAAAUGCACACCUUUUGUGAGAGAAAUUACAAGGGAAAAUGCCGAAGAGAUAACUGAAAAGGGGUUACCAUUAUUGAUAAUAUUUUAUAAAAACAAUGAUCUUUCACCAUUACCUAUAUUUAAAAAAAUAGUUGAAUCUGUACUAUUUGAUGUGAGAGAUCAGAUUCAACCUGUAUAUGCAAAUUUUGAAUCUUUUAAACAUCCUUUAUACCAUUUAGGUAAAGCUGAAAAUGAUUUGCCUGUAAUAGCUAUUGAUUCAUUUGCUCAUAUGUUUCCAUUUCCUCACAAAUUUUCAGAUUUAGAUCCCAGUUUCAAUCAUAGUUCUCAUAAUCUUUUACUCACAUUUGUGAAUGAUUUGUUUUCUAAAAAAUUGCACAGGGAUUUUCAUGCAAAGUCUGAAGAAAUUUUUAAACAAAAUGUUAUUCAAUUUCAGUUUCAAGGAUUUGAUUUUGGAACUCCUGAACCUGAUAUCAACUCAAACCAAAUUGGCAAUUAUAAUAAUCAAGCUGACAAAUUACCAGCAUACCAAGUACCACAUGAUCAUCAAAAAAAAUUACAGAAGAAAUCUAUACCUGAGUCAAUAUUUAACAAACUUCAACCUUCAUAUACAAGAUACACCAUUUUAAGAAGAGAUAGGGAUGAACUAUGAAAAGCUAUUUAAUUAUAACUCAUCUUUUUUAUAUAUAAAUUGAUCCCAGUUUUAUUUGAUAGAAAUUCCCGAAUGAUACUUAUUCCAUCUUCACAUUAAUGAAUAUUAAGUUGAUAAUUCGUUAAAUAUAUAUUUUUUUAAAUAUCAUUAUCUCCAAGAAAAUUUGUUAUAUUUUGUUUCCAUUUAUUAUUCAUAUUUAUAUAAUUUAAAGUUUUGUUAAUAACAUUGUGAUUAUAAUAUAUAUUUGUAAAAAAGAUACUAUUAUUUACCUCACUGCUAUUCAACAUCAUUUUUAAAUUUUUUUUAUAUAUUUUUGAAUAAUUUUUCUCAUUUAAUAGGUAUGUUCUGGAAAUUAAAACAUAAAGUUGAUUCAAUGAUUUAGUAAACUUUAUUGAUUUUGUAAAAUUUGGAUAUUAUAAUCAAUAUCUAAAAUUCUUUUAAUUAAACAAAGAAUAUCUUUAUGAAAAAAACAUUAAUAUCUUUGUAUAAACAUUAUAUUAGGGCCAAAUGAAAAGAAUGGAUUCACAUAAUAUAAUAAAUUUAUUUAAAUUGUUUUUACUAUUUCACCAAAAUAUU